GAGCCCACAAAUGGCGGCGAUGCGAGCCGGCCUCGACCGCGAAACGGAGGACGAUCCGCGAGUGCCCAGGCGCGAGUUUGCAAAAAGUGCGGCCUGCAAUUGACGGGACAGUUUGUGCGGGCUCUGGAUGGAACAUUUCAUCUGGACUGCUUCAAGUGCCGAGACUGCGGCGAGAUCGUGGCGUCCAAGUUCUUCCCCGCCGAAGACGAAGAUGGACAAUAUCCUCUCUGCGAGACGGAUUACUUUCGACGUCUUGGCCUCCUAUGCCACCAGUGUGGUGGGGCGCUCCGUGGGUCAUACAUAACCGCCCUCGACCACAAGUAUCAUGUUGAUCAUUUCACCUGCUCCCUCUGUGCCACCGUCUUUGGCGCCCAGGACAGCUACUACGAACACGAUGGACAUGUCUACUGUCACUACCACUACUCGACCCAGUUUGCCCAGCGGUGCAAUGGCUGCCAGACGGCUAUCCUCAAGCAGUUUGUCGAGAUCUUCCGCAACGGACAGAACCAGCACUGGCAUCCAGAGUGUUACAUGAUACACAAGUUCUGGAACGUGCGCCUGGCCCAACCGGCCGAGGCGCCGCAGAUUCAGGAGGGCGAUGUGAGCGACCUCGACAGGGAUCGUAUCCGCGAGGACGAGGAGCGCAUGGAAGACAAGGUCUUCAGGAUAUGGAGUGUGCUGUCAACGUUUGAAGAGUCAUCUGCCGCGUGCAUAUCCGACAUGCUGCUUCACGUCAGCAAUGCCUCGUAUGUGGACGGUGUGCUGGUUGCGAAGCGUUUCAUCUGGCACGUUGAAAUACUCUUCCAAUCUGCGGAUAGAUUAGAUGCCUCUGUUUCGACUUGGCGCGCUAACUGGAUCAUCUUUACAGGCAUGUCUUAUGGCCGGGAGGCCAAGCUUCUCUGCAAGAAGAUUGUAGCCUUCUUCUCUUUGCUUUCAAAGACUCAGGACAAUGGAACGAGGCAGCUUGGUGUCACGCAGGAACUCUUGUCCCUCGUCACUGGCUUGGCCCAUUACCUCAAGCUGCUGAUCCGGAUUUGCCUCCAAGGGGCAUUGCGCCUUGAGCGAGAAGCGACUUCCAGCGAUGGUCUUCACCAAUUCCUCGACGACCUGAACGAUUUUGAGAGCUACAAGGGUGACGAAGGCCUCUUGCAAGUCACCAUGGGUGGCAAGCGGCUUUCGGCCAAAGACUCCGAUCACUGUGCGCAGUGUGGCAGAUCCGUCGAAGAUGAAUGCGCUAAAACCGGAGAAUCGAGAUGGCAUCUCAGCUGCGUCAACUGCUCUCGUUGCCAACGCGAGCUUGGUCGCAAACUGUCCGAAGCGCACUUCAACGCGCUAGAGCGCAAGAUUUACUGCGUCACAUGUGUCGGAGGCAGACUCGACGGCCUCGCGCCGUUCACUCACAUCUCCAAACUUCAACAAUACGUUUUCCUCCUCAAAGUAGCUCUGGCACGACUGCUGGACAUCCUGAGGAGCAACGGCGCCCUGACGUCUGGCGACAUCGGCCCCGACGGAAAGAAUGGCAACUUCCGCCAAAACGCAGAUGCCAGGCCAGGGCAACCAGGCGGUCCAAAUGACAAGAGCCGCCGCCGCGAGUCAACUUAUGAGACUACCCUUAAUGAGGUUCGAAGACUUCGCAGCACGCGUCUCGACCGACACUUGUCAUCUAGUGUCAGGCAGGCCCGAUCGUCUCGCGUCAUGGACGCUGAUGGGCAAGGUCCCCGUCCUGCAUCUUCCGGAGGAGAGGAUAGAACACAGGCUUCCACCGACCAGAUGUUUGGACAAAACGACGCCAUCACCUUGGACGACAUCUCCCGUAUUGUUGCUGUUGAGCAGUCUCGUGAGCAGCAACAGCGCCGAGACAAGUUACCACCCAGCGAUGUGCUGCGGUCUGGCGGCCAAGACCAAGGUCUCGGCCUCGGUCACUCCAGGACACAGUCGAUUGGGCCGGAUCUCCAGCCAACCGAAACCGUGGCGCCCCGAGUUGGCAGGAAAUUCUUCACCGAGCUGUCGGGCCUCGAAUAUUUCAACGUCCGACACCUUGCCGUCUUGAUUAUGCACCCCGUGGUCGAACAGGACUUUACAUUAGAGGAGUUGUUGAGCUUUAUCGAGUCCAGGAAACCCGCCACGUUCUGGAAGAAUUUGGGCAAGGCAUUCAAAAACGACAAGAACAAGAGCGUCAAGAAGAAGGGCGUCUUUGGCGUGCCCCUGGAGGUCAUCAUCGAGCGAGACGGCGCCGACUCUACGGAUGGCGUGGGACCUGGCACUCUGCGGAUUCCCGCAGUGGUGGACGACAUCAUCUCGUCCAUGCGCAAGAUGGACCUCUCCGUCGAAGGCGUGUUCCGAAAGAAUGGCAACAUCAAGAAGCAGCAAGCAAUGGUGGACAAGAUCAACGCGGAAGGCUGCGAUGCCGUCAACUUCAUGGAACAGCCAGUGAUACAGCUGGCAGCGGUGCUGAAGAGGUACUUGCGGGACCUUCCGGAUCCCCUCAUGACUCACAAGCUCUAUCGGCUGUGGAUUACUGUCGCCAAAAUACAGGACCCCGUUCGAAAGCUGCAGUGUCUUCACAUGGCCACCUGCCUUCUCCCCAAGUGCCAUCGGGAUUGCCUGGAAGUUCUCCUCAGCUUUCUCAAAUGGGCGGGAACCUUCCACCAACUGGAUGAGGAGGUUGGGUCCAAGAUGGAUGUUCGUAAUCUGGCGACGGUUAUUGCCCCCAACAUUUUGAUGAACCCUGCGAGGACUCUUUCCAUGGAUAGCGAGACCAUUUAUGUCAUUGAUGCAGUGGAGAUGCUCAUUGACAAUAUCGAAGAGAUGUGCCAGGUCCCGGACGAGAUCCUCACACUGCUCAACGACCCCCACCUCUUUGGCAACAAUGGCGAGAUCUCCACCAAGGAGAUUAUGAAACGAUAUCAGGAGAUCAGGGGACAGGCCCAUUCUGAGCCCAGCGAGGUUUACAACAGGCAGGAGACGUCGACGCGCUCGCCACCGAAGCCAGGCCAGACGGAUCCCUCCGUCUGGCAGGGCGAGAGAUCAGUCCGGCCUAUGCAGGACAAC